AAGGUGUGACUGUGCGACAGCCCAGGGUAAACAGGAGAACAGAGGAGAGUGGAUAUGACAUUAGAUACAGUGGACAUUUUAUCGCAAUAGCACUGCUCGCACAGAGACAGAAAUAAUCAAGAUGCAGAAGCCUCCUCCUGUGGCACCCCGAAACCCUGGGGCUUUCCGGGUGAUGGGGCCCCCAGGGACCCUCAGUGUCCCUCAACCUCUCGGAUUCAGCCCCCCACCCUACCCUGGACUUAAAGUGAAUGGAUCCAGCAGUGGACAGACAUAUACAUCUCUUCGACAAGCCGAAAGGGAGGUGGAGAUCCUGAACCACUGCUUCGAUGACAUUGAGUCCUUCAUGGGGAAGCUGCAGAUGUCUGCCGAGGCCCACAGCGUGCUAAACCAGAGGAAGAAGAAGAAGAAAAGCAGACGCAAGAAAGAUGAGGAGGAUGACCUGCUGACGUUGAGGGCCCGCCCUCCUACAGAAGAUGAAUUCAAGGACAUCUUCCAGAAGUUCAAGUACUGCUUCAGUCUACUGGACCGGUUGAAGUCCUCCAUCACAAACCCAAGUUCAGAGGAGCUGUUGCACCACAUCUUCAUAGCCCUGGACUUGAUUGUGAAGACCACCGGAGGGCCCGCGCUGGGGGCGGCCGUGUCCAGCCCGGCCCUGACCGGGGGCGCCAUGACUCUCCUGCAAGACAACCUGACCGAGGAGGAGAAGCAGCUGUGGACAUCGCUCGGGCCUAACUGGACCCUCCCCCGCUCUCAGCUCAGUGAGACAGUCCCCACCUACACGCCCGUCUUCCUGGAUGGGUGGAAACCUGAGGACUUUGAUGCAGAAGGACAACUUUGGGAGGACCCCAUAGAGUCACAACACAAGCAGGAGGAGCUGAGACUAAGACAAGAGAAUUCCAGCAGUCAGUCAGCAGCAGAGACGAAACCCCCAGGCCAGCCCGGCGAUGAAAUGGACAACACCAGCCUGCCCCCUGAGGGAGAAAGACUGUACUGCUGCAGCUAUGAUUUUGUGGCUCGAAACAGCAGUGAACUCUCCGUUCUACAAGGAGAACAGCUGGAGGUGAUUGAGUCAUCGAAGCGCUGGUGGAAGUGUCGUAAUCGCUUUGAUCAGAUUGGCUUUGUGCCGUUCAACAUUCUUGAGCCCCUGUCAGCCCUGAACAACACACACAAAGCCAGCCCUGUCAUACACAAGCAGUCCAAGAAGGCCCCUCUGUCCCCUCUGGGAAACAAGUACUUCUCUUACGCCCCUCCCAGCCCCCCAGCAAUCAGUUCCAACUCAUCAGCCCUGAGACCCUUCAGCAUGCCACCUCUCACCCCUCCUGGGGAGGAAAGCGACAGAGUGAUGGUGGUGAACGAUGAGCUCCUGCAGAGGCUGGCGAAUGGAAAGGCAGGCUCUAGCCGAGCCCUGGUCAUCCCGCGCACCAACGACACUUCCGCUCCCCUCAACUACCACUCCCCCGCCUCCGAGGUGGAGGAGUGGCUGCGGGGGAAGGGCUUCAGUGAGUCGACGGUAAAGUGUCUUGGAGUGCUAACUGGAGCACAGCUUUUCUCCCUCAAUAAAGAGGAGCUGCGUGCUGUCUCACCAGAGGAGGGCGCUAGAGUCUACAGCCAGAUAAUGGUGCAGAAGGCUCUGCUGGAGGAUGUUCGCAAGGCCACAGAGCUGGAGGCAGUGAUGGAGAAGCAGAAGAUGAAGGUUGACCUCAAACUAGAGAGUGGUACACUGUGACUCAUUCAAUCAACACCGUGACAAAGAGACACAGGAACAUUGACACUCUGAUCACUGCACUGACACAGGGACACUGACACUCCUAUCACUGCACUAACACAGGGACACUGACAUACCUAUCACUGCACUGACACAGGGACACUGACACUCUGAUCACUACACAGGCAUAGGGACACUGACUCUGAUCACUAAACUAGCGCAGGGACACUGACACUCUCAUC